GAUAUAGAUCUUUCGAAAAUAUCCAUAAUUUGAAAAUAAAAAAUGAAAAUAAAAAAAAACAACAAAUCUUUAUUAAAAAGUCCGAAAGGAUCACCAAGUAAGAAAAAAAAAUCAAACGACGUCAAUUCAAAUAAAGAUGUGAAACAAAAAGGUAUCAGUAAAAAAAAAAAUAAAAUUCGUAAAAAUUCUAAAAAUAAAAAAACUACGAAUAAUGAAGUUACGCUGCAUCAAACAGAGAAAACUCAAAAUAAAAUUAAUGAAAGCGAAGUUCAUAACAAUAUAAAUAAAAAUAAAAUACGAGAAUUACUCAAGCAAAAGAAAAAAGGAACUUCUAAUCCUACAAAUAAUUCUGAGACGCUACGAGAAAGAAUAAUAUCUCAAUUAAGAGCAUCUAGGUUUAGAUUUUUAAAUGAUACUCUGUAUAAUAAUGACAGUUCAGAAUCACGUAAGAUGUUUAAAGAAGAUCCAAGUGCUUUCAAAGCAUAUCAUAAAGGCUAUCAGUAUCAAGUGGAGCAAUGGUCAUUAAAUCCACUUGACGUUAUAAUAAAUGCUGUUAAAAAAAUGCCGAAAGAGUAUGUUAUUGCAGACUUUGGAUGUGGAGAAGGAAGAUUAGCUGAUUCUGUCAAACAAAAAGUACAUUCUUUAGAUUUAGUUGCUGUGAAUGAUAAAAUAAUAGCGUGCGACAUGGCUCACACUCCUCUUCUUACAAAUGGCAUCAACGCUGUAGUUUUUUGUCUAUCACUCAUGGGUACUAAUCUUGUUGAUUAUAUUCUAGAAGCCAACCGGGUGUUAAAAAUGGAUGGAACUCUCAAAAUAGCGGAAAUUUCAAGUCGAUUUGAUGAUGUUAAUGAAUUUGUUAAUUUAUUAAUGUCAUAUGGAUUCAAAAACACAUGGACGGAUAUUGAUCAUAAGUAUUUCUAUUUUAUGGAUUUUAAGAAAGUUAAAAAUGUUGAUGCGAAAUGUAAAAAG